AUCCCGAAGCCACUGCCUGACCCGCUUCCGGGGUGCGGAAGUGUGCGACAACGGCCGGACCCCGAUGCUAUCACUCGAUUGUGGAUUUCAAAGCAGCGAACAAAACCCGCCCACGUCGUGCUACAACCUUGUUUUCUAAACAAAUGCCUCUCAAGUUUACACCUGCAAGAGUAUUUACAACUGCUUCUCUCUUUACAAUAGCUGGUUAUUCAGCAUAUCAAUAUCGAAUCUCACGUAUCAACUCUAACACCACGCCCCCCACUUCAUCUAACAAGAUGACGGCCGAUAACUCGUUUGAGACCCUCUUUGCUGUUCCGCUGUCAUGUGACGGUUGUGUCAAGGCGGUUUCAGACUCUCUGUACAAGCUCGGCGGUAUCAGUAAUGUGGAAGGCAACUUGAAGGACCAGUUGAUUUCUGUUAAGGGCACCGCUCCCCCAUCAGCUAUCGUAGAAGCUAUCCAAGCCACCGGAAGAGAUGCCAUCUUGCGUGGAACGGGGGCCUCAAACAGUGCCGCUGUGAGUAUUCUCGAAACAUUUGAAGAUCCUGUGGAUGGCUUCUACGAAGAGCCUAGCAGAGAUGUAAGGGGGCUAGCAAGAAUGGUACAAGUUAGUUCAGGACGGACAUUGGUUGACUUGACUAUCCGCGGCGUUUCGCCCGGAACUUACAAAGCUUCAAUUCGCGCAUACGGUGACUUGAAGAACGGUGCGACCUCAACGGGUCCUGUCUGGACAGGAGAUGACAAGAAGCCUCGGGGUGACCUUGGUACUAUUGAGGUCGGUGAGGAUGGACGGGGCGCAGCCUUCAUAGACCAUGGUUUCCAAAUCUGGGAGGUCAUUGGACACGCCAUGGUUCUGACAAGGCAGGAAGAGAAGGACGAACCACUGAAGAACGAUAAGGACACCGUCGUCGGCAUUAUCGCACGAAGCGCUGGCAUGUGGGAUAACGAUAAGACGGUGUGCUCAUGCACAGGCAAGACGCUUUGGGAGGAACGAAAGGACGAGGUUCAGAAGGGAAUGCUAUGAUAACGAGGCAUUUACCAAAUCCAAGUCGCCAACCAAGUCUGAAUAUUAACGCUGAACAGUGCCAAGAGGAGGAUUAUUUCUGAUUUAUGGCAUGAUGCACACCCUUUGUUGAAGGCUUGUCGUCCAGUCAACUGUUUCUCCGCAGGCUUGAAACAAAGCCCAUGUAAACCAAGUUGGGUUGAAGAGUGACAAGUGGAAGAUCUGUAACGCAUCGACGGUGCUGCGGCGAGAUGUGGUGCGAUAUCUGACCUGGGGACAAGAUCGAACAUGGGUCUUUUCCAUGAUCAUGGUUCGAUAUCAUUCCAAAGAGGCAAUAUCCUCGUGUUUAGCUGAGCUUCACGGAAAAACUGAUUCUCGUACUCGUUCACUUUGAAAGAAUUCGGAACUAUUUUCUGCGGUUACAUAUCCUCGUGAUAAAAGCUGGUAAACGGCUGAUGGAAGUUUGAGACUAAGGCAUAGACGGCAAGUAGAAUCUGAGAUCCAAGGCUUCAAUGCAUUGACAGCAAGACCUUGCUGGGAUGAAGAUGAAACUCCGGAGAUCAGCCACAGAAUUAUGCGAGACAAUGGUAUCGACUGUUUCGAUGCCUUUAAAGAGGAAAGAAUAUUCAGGUGAGUGAAGGAUGAGACGAAGAGACAGGGACGAUACCUGUUCGUGUGUAUGAGAGAGACGGGAGGAAAUACAAGGCCGAGGGUUAGCUCAAACCUUCGCAUCAGGAUAGUAGAUAAACUCAAGAUCUGAUGUACGAUGAAAAACAGGGCGAGAUGAAGGAACAAGAAACUGUUCAAAGUUGAAUCUGGAACUUAGAUACAGUACUAACUAACCUUGAUGGGUACAUGAUCGACUAUUGCCG